AUAAAGAGAAAGUGGAGGAUUUAGAGGGCUAUGAGAGAUUGCAAUAUAUACCUUCUUAACGCUUGGUCUGCCUGGGACUCCGUCUGUCUCUGUGACUUUCACAAGCUGACAACUCUGCUUGGUUAAAUACAUCAGGAUCCUGCAGCAAACAUGGCUACUGAGAAAAGACUGUCUGCGAGGCGUAAGCAUACUCUGAAGAGCUGUAUGCUGGUGGUAGCCAAUAAUUUGUUGGAUGCUGAAGCAACAGUGAAGGCUGAUGAGAGAGAGAAGUUCCUGGCAGAGAAAUGUCCUUCUGUGGAGCUGCCAUACUCCAAGGAUGAACUUAUGGAACUUUGCAAGCAACUUCAUGAGCAGAUUGACAUCAGUGAAGAGGAGAGAUACUGCAUAGAGUUCAAGCUGAACAUGGUUCUCAAUGAGGUGAGAGAUCUCAACAUUAAGAUUGUGGAUCUGAGGGGAAAGUUCAAGAGACCUCGGCUGAAGAAAGUGCGCAUGUCAGCUGACGCCAUGCUGAAAGCUCUGCUGGGCUCCAAGCAUACAGUUAACAUGGACCUUAGAGCCAACCUGAAGCAGGUCAAGAAGGAAGUGAAAGAGGAGGACAAGCAGCUGCGUGAUGUUGGAGACUGGCGUAAGAACAUUGAAGACAAGUCUGAUAGGAAGAAGAUGUUUGAUAGUUAAAUGUCACCUGCAAAUGAUUGUUGGGUUUAAGGUUGAUUUUUAGGACAGAAUUCAGGUCUCAUGUCUUUGUAACUGAGGAGUUUUAUUCCAAAUUGCAGCAUAUCCAUCCUAACAUUUAAUUUCAUGGAAGAGGUAAGGCAUGGAAGUUGUGUUUGCUACGGUUUUGUUCUGGUACGGUAUGGUAAAGUAAAUGAUAAAUGACCUUAAUCUCCUAAAUCUCCAUGUUCCUUUCUAUUUCAAAAGAAGUAUUUUUUCCCGAGCAUGAGUUGAUUCACACAAAUGUGUACUUAACAAAUAUAGGAUUCGCAACGUGAUCUGAGGUAGAUGAGGCAGAGUUGGGUUUUCCUUUUUCUUUUUUUGCAGUUUUUGGAUAUCUCACUUUGGAAUUAAACUCUUCAGGUGAAUUUAAGCUGCCUUCUGUUUUUGCGAGUAUCGACACUGCUUUGACGUAUUUGUACUGUAUUUUCUAAUAUCACUUGGUCCAUGACAUAUGAAUCAAUCCUGCUUAUGUUCAGAAUUAUACUUCAAAAUCUAACUGUCAUGGUAUAUUCUUCCUCAUAUAAUACAAGAAUACUGUCUUGUGGCACUAUAGGCUGCUGCACCCUGACCGACGGGUCCUGACAAAUUAUUAGGUUGUAAUUAGGCUGUUUUGUUACCUUGAAGUUUAUGCCGCAGGUUGAGUUUCGGUUUAUCUAUUCUCUAAUGUAAUUGAAUAAGUGUUAUAUGAUGCAUAUGAUUUGUUGCAAGUAGCAACACAGUGCCCAGUGUGAAGAAGGAAAUUGAAAAAGCAGUGAAUUAGCAUGACAAUCUAACAGUCUGUAAUAGAUCAAAUGAAGCAAAAGGCCAGUGAAAUACGGGACACCAAAUUCCCUUGCUAGUGACUUCAACUACUCCAGAGGUGUAAUUCAGUCUACAGUCUGUACCCAACAAAAUCACCAAAGUCAUCUUUUUUUAAAUGUUCAAACCAAAAUGUAAUCAUCUUUUCUCAUCUUGUUGCCGUAACAUGAAAUACAAAAGCUUAAUGUUCAA